AUGAAGUUAGCUCGUGUUUUCUCAUGGAACAAGCGUAUUACGAGUAUAUUCAGACCACAAGGCAAUCAAAAGUUAAAUUGAAUAAAACGGCAAAAAAUAGAAAAACAACGAAAAUUUUGUUUGCAAAUACAAAAUAUUAUGUUAUGUAUAAUAUUUGUUUCUCCCGUGCUCAAUCGUGCCGAAAACAAUUAUUACCGUGCGUGCCACUGAGCUGAACAUUUUCGUGCCGUGCGGUGUCGUGCCUAAAAAUUCAUGCUCAUCUCUAGCACACAGCUGCGCGAACGACUCAUCAACCGCAAUCGGCCGUUUUCACUUUACUUUCCGGACGUAUUUUUAUUUUCACCUUGUUUUAAGUUCGCGGAGUGGAUAAAUAGAAGCGCAAGAAGCGCUGGAAAAUCGGUUAAUCUUUUCCAGGCGGGCGUGUGUUUAACGGUGAUCGCAAAUUUGAGUUGGAAAAUGCGACAGUGCGGCCGCCUUGAAGUGGAAUUUUGUCGAUUGCCGUGCGACGACGUCAUCGCCAGUCACAAAUACACACUCCAACACACUAAUAAAUAACCAGCGGAAACUGGAAAUCGAAAGAGCUGGAAAAAGGGGGAAGCAAAAGGAAGAAGAACAACAACAACGAAAGAGGGAGAGAGAGAACUCGCCAGAUAAACGCGCCUUGAUCAACGAAUACACAAAGAGAGAAAAAGAGAGAACGGCAAAGGGCAAAUAAUUAUCUAUAUUUUUGCUGGAUAUCUUCUGGGUUAUUUUAACCUUUGGCUGCCGCAUUUCUGUAGAGCAGAAAUCGCCGGAAGAAAAUGGACACCCGCGUCGAACUGGAGCUGGAGCCCGUUGGCAAGCAGCAGGUGCCGAAGGAUCAGCCGGAGGAUGAAAGGGAAUCGGAGGAAAACCAGCUGGAGCUGGAACGGAAAAGCCUGCUCACGCCGGUUAAGAUUAACCUUCCUGCCUCGGGAAGUCCCGCCGUCGAGGACCUGGAGGACACGGCCAGGACGCCGCCACCGAUCAGCCUGCAGCCGGGAACAUCUCGUCAGCUCUUCAGGGACGCAGCCCUGGCCCAUGGCGGUCAGGAGACCACAUCCCUGCUGCAGCAGGAGCUGAACAACAUAGCCGCCACUCAGACGCCCGCUUCGAAACUGAGGAGUGCCAGCUCCACGCUGGAUGCCAGUGUUUCCCGGAACCCCUCCACUACCGGAGGCAAGCAGGAGAAGAAGAUCGGCCACCGGAGAGUGGCCGAGGGAGGCGAGGUGACCUACAAGAAGAUCCAGUCCAAGCAGAUCAUGGGCUCCAUACAGUUAGGCAUCCAGCACACGGUGGGCAGCUUGGCCAGCAAGCCCAAGAGGGAUUUGCUGAUGAACGACUUCUGGGAAAUGGAAACAAUAGAGUUUCCCCCGGAUGGCUCCUCCAUAACACCUGCCCAUCACUACAGCGACUUCCGCUUCAAAGUCUACGCACCCAUUGCUUUUCGCUACUUCCGCGACCUGUUCGGAAUCGCACCAGACGACUUCCUCAUGUCCAUGUGUGCCUCUCCCCUGGUGGAGCUCUCAAACCCGGGAGCCUCUGGCUCCAUAUUCUACCUGACGACCGACGACGAGUUCAUAAUCAAGACGGUGCAGAAGAAGGAGUGCGAGUUCCUGCAGAAGCUGCUACCCGGCUACUACAUGAACCUCUCGCAGAAUCCCCGAACGCUGCUGCCCAAGUUCUUCGGUCUGUAUUGCUUCCACUACAACUCGAAGAACGUGCGGUUGGUGGCCAUGAACAACCUGCUGCCCUCGGAUAUCAAGAUGCACUGCAAAUACGACCUGAAGGGUUCGUCCUUCCGCCGCAAGGCCUCCAAGGCGGAGCGUCAGAAGGCGAGUCCCACGUUUAAGGACCUCGACUUUGCCGAGCACCAUCCGAACGGCAUAUUCCUGGAGACGGACAAGUACACUGCCCUGAUGAACACUAUCAAGCGAGACUGCAUGGUGCUGGAGAGCUUCCAAAUCAUGGACUACUCGCUGCUGGUGGGUAUCCACAAUCUGGACCUGGCCGCCAAGGAGAAGCGCGAGGAGCGGAUCCUUAAUGCGCGAGCCAAGCUGCAGCGCAAGGAGAGUGCCGCCCAGGGACCCCCGUCGUUGAAUCCGGAUGACGAUGCUCCGGAGGCAGAUCAAAAUCAGCUCCACGCGGUAGCCUCCUACGCCUCCAUUCCGGGAACCUCGGCGGGAGCUGCUUUGAAUCGCACUCGCAGUAUGAAUCGCCAGCGAUUGGUGGCUCAUUCCACGGCUCUGGAGUCUAUUACAGCCGAUAUGGAUGUACCGCUGGAGGAGGACGAGGACGUGCCUGCUGGCGGCAUACCGGCUCGUUCCGAAAACGAUGAAAGGUUGAUCCUUUACAUAGGCAUAAUUGACAUUUUGCAGUCGUACCGCCUGGAGAAGAAGCUGGAGCACACGUUCAAGAGCAUCCUGUACAACGGUGACACGGUGUCCGUGUGCCGGCCCUCCUUCUACGCCAAGCGCUUUCAGGACGCCAUGGGCAAACAGGUGUUUAAGAAGACGCCCACAUUUCCACUGAAACAUUCCCCCUCCAAGCGCAAGACCUCGACCACCAUGCUGCGUUCGCCCGCCUCGCGUCCUCCGCUGUUGAGCACCCCAACUGGUGGCCGCCAGCCGGUCCUGACGCUCUCGGGGAUGUCGACACCGCCGCCGGCAUUCGAUGACAUCUCCGAGGAGGACAUAACCGCCGCCUCCACCAACACGCUGCAGCAGCAGCAGAGGAGCGGCAGCCAGACGAACAACAACCAGGGCGAGAUGGAGGUGGUCACCCGGGGAGGGAGCAGCACGACGGGCGGCAGCGGGGAGCCAAGCAGCACCUAUCACACCCAGUACUCCUACGACGGCUCUGGCCGGACGGGCAGUGCCCUGACCAGCGACUACAGCGACGACGAGUCCACGGGCACGGAUCUGGGCGGAUCCCGGUCGCCGCAGCACCGCAUCCACCGGCUGACCAAGACGAGUGUUCAGGUCACGACGGUGGGCUACGUGGAGGAGCCUGACGCGUCGCCGGUGGGUGGAACAGAUGUGGUGCACGCGGAUGUCAACGGCAAGGCCACCUUGUCGACCACCACCUUGAUGACCACCACAAAGACGGCCCACAUCCAGGCGCCCAGCUACACGUCCACGCUCGUGCUCAACGAUUUGCCGCGAUGAUUUUCUGAGCUGGAUUUGGGGUAUCAAGUUUUCCGAGGACGAGGGAUUUAUAUAGCCCAUGUGUAUAUGUGUCUGCAGGGUGAAAGCGCCGUCCAAAAAAAAAAUGGAAUACUGAAAACGAGCUCGUUUAUCUUGAUUAAACACACAAAACCAAAAGCGAAUACGUAUUCGAUAUUAAAAUUUAUGUGGCGCCCUUGCUAAUUGACUGCCAACCAGACACACCCCCUCACACACACACACACGCACACAUAAAGCUAGGGGCUUCCCCGUGCCUAUUAAAAUUGUAAUUAUUAUUUUGCUUAUUUUGGUUGAAAUUUGGGUUUCAAUGUGUGUGGCCUUAACUGAAGUUUGUUUUAAUUUUUAAAAUUACUGUGCACAAGAAACGAAUAACUACUCAAUCGAAAUUGGGAAAAUGGUUGGAGAAAAGACGAAGUGUAAACUCAAAUAUUGUCUAUAUGUGUAUGUUGCUGUAUUAUAAAGUGCGUUUACGUAUUCUAAGAUGCUCAUGUAAAUAACGGAACGAGAAUAAAUAUGUCGAUAUAAA